AACCGAAACCUAGCUGAUUAUUGCACAACGUGAUCGUAUUGUACAACUUUUCUAGUGGAAUAGACUCAACACCCAAAGCAACAUGUUCAGUUUGGGAACCUCUAACAAUGCCUUGGUCAGUUACAUCUCACAAGAGGAGGACCGAUUUAAAGAUGAAUCUAAUCACAAGGAGGUUAAAGACAAUUCUGAUGAUUGCUGUGACCAAGAAGUAAAACAGUGCCUGGAUGAUCCAAGUGUAAAAGAUACUUUUGAAAUAAUUGAUAGAAUUGGAGCUGGUGCAUUCGGAUCUGUACUUAAAGCUAAGCACAGAAUUGACAGUAAAGAAUAUGCACUUAAAUUUGUAAUUAUCAACUCUCAGAAAUUUGGAAAACGUGAAGUAGAAAUUUUGUCAUCAUUGGAUCAUAAGAACAUAGUCCGAUACCAUACUUGUUGGAUUAUUCCAUUUUCUCAAGAGUUAAAUGAAGAUAAAGGAGAAUCAAGUUCAGGAAGUAUAAGUUUUGAACAUUCAUCUUCUUGUGAGGAUAAUGGUUCAAAUGGUGGCAAGUCCACAUCUAGUGGUAAAAGUAAUGAGGAUAUUAAUGAUGCCUGUCUUGUUAUCCAAAUGGAGCUAUGCUGCAAGAAUUUGAGAACACUGAUUGAUGAUAAAAUUCAAGAAGUGCACAGAAUUGAUGACAGCCAAAAGCGCAACAUAUGUUUGGAUAUUACAUCAGGUCUCCAUUACUUACACAGUCAAGGCUGCAUGCAUAGGGAUCUAAAACCUGAUAACAUUCUGCUUGACAAACACAAUAGAGCAAAGAUUGGAGACUUCGGAUUAGCAAGGAGCUACCUCUGGGCCCCUACAUCUGGGGAUGAUGGAAAAUCUCCAAUGUCGGAAACAGAAAAUAAUUUUUCUAAGAAGUUAGGAAUUACCCUAUAUGUAGCACCAGAAGUUAAAAAUAAAACUCCAUAUGACAAAAAAAUUGACCACUAUAGCCUAGGAAUAAUUCUUUUUGAAAUGCACCACAUGGGCUUUGGACAGGACAGAAUGGAAGCCAUUGAAAAGCUGAGUAAACAGGAUUUCAGCAUUUUGAGUAAACUUCCUGAAAAAUAUGAAAAUGUUAAAAAAAUUGUAGAAAGCCUGCUAAAUCACAACCCUGCAGAGCGCAUGAAUCUAACGGAGGUUGAGGACUUGAUGAAUGUCUUAACAGUCCAAACUAUGACUUCUACAGAGGGAGUGUACAGUGGACCUACACCCUCCAUCAAAGCCAGGGCAGGAAAGAAUAGUGAACCUUCUAAUGAUGUACUUGAUGAAGAGAACCAAUCGCUUGAAGAUGCUUUUAAUGAAGUACACCUUUACUAAGAUAUACAGAUUUGAGUUAAAAGACUUUUUUGCGUAUACACUAAUUUAUGACGUCUUAAUAAUUUAUACCGGUAAUCAUGAUAAUGUAUCAAAAUGUUUAUGAACACUCGAUAAAAAAAAAUUUUAAAACAGAAAACAUUGAAAAAAAAUUGCAUGUUUAUGUAUUCUGUUGAUAUAUGAUUUUUUUGUUGGUUAAUUGAAAAAUAUGUUUGUUUUGAUACUUUUGAACUGUAUUAAUUUACAGUGUAUGAUAUUUUAUUGUAUGUAAUCACGUAUGUUUUAUUCCAAAAGGAUUACAGCUUUCCAAAUAUUUUUGUAUGUUUUAUUCCAAAAGGAUUUUUGUAUGUUUUAUUCCAAAAGGAUUACAGCUUUCCAAAUAUUUUUGUAAACAGAAGAAAUGUAAGGUGUGGAAAGUAUUUGAUUUAUAAUUAUACAUGUUAUAUACAAUUUGUUUUUGUUGAGUAAACAAAAAUGUACUCAUUGACAAAGUUUACUAUUUAUUACACAAAUCACAAUUGUAUUGAGAGGGUUAGAAUUAUGCAAUGAUUGUGCAAACACAUAUUAUUGGUUUUCAUGUACAAUGUAACAUGCAAAUUUUAUGUUGGUUUGAUAUAAGAAUUGCUUUUGAUGAUUUAUUCUGACAGGAUUAUACCUUAUGCAAUUCUAUUGUAGCUGAAAACUGUAUAAUAAUAUGAUUUAUCUUUAUUUUAACUUAUAUACAUAUUUUAAAGAGGUACAUUAUAUAAUGGUUUAUUCUAACCGAGGAUGUAUUAUUCCAUACAGGUUAUACUUUGAACAACCAUAUUUGUGAUUUUGUGAACAAUUUUUUAUAAUUGUUAUCAAGGUAUGACUGCUGAUUUCAUAACUAGACUGCAUUCUUCUUCUUGUACAUGUAUUACAUAUUACGUUUUCUUCAUUGUCAUUUUGUUUAACAUUUUGUGUAUGUAUGUGUUUUAUGAUUGUCUUUAUCUUGUUAAAUAUUUAAAACUGCAUGUCAAUUGUUAGUGUUCUUAGAUGUACUUAUGAUUUAUGCAUUGUUUAAAUAAUUUA